CCGACUAGCAGCCGCAGAGUUUGCGUCGCCUGACUGGGCCAACUAAAUAUACGCUGGCCGAUCGGGCUGUUCUGAAGGACCGCAAGAGCUUCACGCUGCACGCGGUUAUGAUCUCAGUGGUUCAGUGAGGGAGACUGACGUGGCUCACACAUCGACAAUGUCUGAACUUUCCAGUGAAGUUCGGCGCCGAAUUCCUCCCGCUGCCGAUGAGCCGAAGAGUGACGGCGAGAAAAUCGGAGUGUCCUUCGGUUCUCAUCAGGGCAGCCCUCUAGUGAGCAUCGAAGUUCCGAAUGGAGUCUGGGCUCUACUGAGUUUGACUUUCGCGUGUUCUGUCACACUCCUGUACGUGAAUGUCGACAUGAGAUCCAUCAAUAUCGAGGAGUUCAAACAAAUCAAGAACAUCACCGUCAACAACCAGGCGAGCUGUCUACCGAAGCCCAACUCCGAUGAGCCAGUGCUCUGGCUCCGUGGCAAGUCCAUGGAGAGCGGAUACCUCCGACACGUUUUCGACGUAUUCAGGAGGAGCGGUUACAGAGUCGAAACCACGAAACCCCCUCAUUGGGAUGUUCUGUGGUCGCACGAAUAUCCUUUCGGCGAGUUGAGCACAGACUUGAGCAAUUUGACGCCAGGUCAGAAAGUCAAUCACGUUCCCGGCACCGGUUUCAUUACGAACAAAGUCAGCUUGGCCACAGGAAGCUUCACGAAGCACAUCCCGAGAGCUUUUAGAUUACCGAAACAAAAGCAGGAGUUUUUGAACUACGCGCGAGCCAACCCCAGAACCUUGUGGGUGCAGAAGUCCAACGACCACAGAGGCAUCGUCGCCAAGCAAGCUGCGGAAGUCGAAGUUCAUCUCGAGGACACUUUCGUGCAGCAGUUCAUCGAAGACCCUCUGCUCGUGGAUGGGCACAAAUUCGAUAUCGGAGUAUACGUAGUGAUGACGUCUAUAAAACCCUUGCGAGUCUACAUCUAUGAGGGUGAUGCUCUUUUGAGGUUCUGCUCGAAACCUUAUGACAAGUCGUCGAAAGAUUUGGACUCGUACGUCGUCGGGGACAAUUACCUCCCGACGUGGGACGUUCCCUCGCUCAAAGAGUUUUACAACCGUCACAAGCUCUCGAUGAAGCAGAGUCUCAACCUGCAUCUCCGUCAAAAGGGACUCAAUCCAGAUAAGAUCUGGAAACAAAUCAACGAAGCCGUCUCGAGCGUCUACUUUGAGAAGAUACGCGACAUAGAGAAAGUCUCCCGAAAAUACUUCAGCACCGAUCCCUUCUUCGAGAUGGUUCGGUUCGAUUUCCUCGUGGAUUCGCAACUGAACGCACACCUUCUCGAGGCGAACAUGUCCCCGAAUUUGAGUUCGGCGCAUUUCAAGCAGAAUGCCAGGCUCUACGAGCAAGUCAUUUACAACCUGCUCUCAGUGCUCGGCUUACAAGAGGAAAAGUCAAGCUCGGGCCACCCGAGCCAGAUGCUCGUCUCCGACGCGGACCUCGCCGUUUACCCCGGGCAGUGCUCGGUCGAGUGCGCGAAAGACUGCAGGGCCUCGGAUCUUUGUACCGUGUGCGCAGCCUGCUGGAAUCCCACCACGAGACAAGUUCUCGCCUCGACUUUUGUCGAGCAUCAAAACAGGAAGAAAUAUCGGAGGCUCAUUCCUGUCCCUGAGCGGGAUCCAGCCGACACCGAAUUUAUGAGGAAUCCUCUUAAUAAGCUUCUGUAUCUCUGGUUUGAAGGAAAGUGUCAGAUGGACGAUUCGUUCUGUAGUUGAGUAGGAGGCGUUGCGAUAUUGAGUCUGGGCUCCAGCGCUCAUCGUCAAGCGCUACGAUUUAUAUUAAAUAUUGUGAGUCGACUGUCAUAUUUUGGUAAAUGAGUUCUCAUAACGAACGUUUCGCCACGGAGCGUAGAGAGGAUCGAAGCGUACAAGGCCACGAGCUUAAAUCGUCGAAGUCGGUUGUGUGCUUAUUUUUCAAUGGAGUUUGAACUUCGCGAGUACACCUGAGAAAAAUAAAUUGAACCUUCUU